AUGUCUCGUCCCCAGGUCAGCAUCGAUCGCCUCACUCCUCGUCGCGCCACUCUCGAACAACGCGAGGCCAUGAACUGCAAGUCCUGUCGCAAACGAAAGGUACUUGUCCCGCCAUUCCUGGUUGGUCUGAUCAUCUCCGCUUCAACAUUUGAAGAUGCCGUCCCCAAAAAACGUGGUCCCAAGACAGAUGUCCUCGAAGCCCUUUUAAAAAGGGUAGAUGGUCUAGAAAGAAGAUUACAGGAUGAAAAGGAUCCCAUUUCACCUACUUCCCCGGAUAAAAAAUCGGAAGACCUCCCGAUAACCCAGUCAAAUGGUCGUCGCGACAGUAUAGACCCCGCCUCGUCUUCUUUCAAUACGUACCCCACAGACUCGCGACCGUCGAUAUCAACACCCCGGUUUCAACAUAAUGAUAACACCUUUUCGCGACCGAGCGCCCAUGGCUCAGCGCUGGGUUUAUCUCAGCCUUCGCCGCAGCAAAAUGGGCAUUUAUCGGAAGCGCUCCUGGAUGCUUAUUUUACACGAUUGCAUGGGAAGCCGUAUUUUAUUUUAGAUGAGUCGGUUGUACGACAGCGUCAUCAGUUGAACCAGUUACCCACACACUUGUCUAUGGCUAUAUCGGCUAUGACACUCAGGUAUACCUAUGCGGUCGGUCAGCCAGAACAAUCUAUACAUAUGGGUCUAGAUGCAGCUUUGCAAGCGCGACGUAUGGUGGAUAUCGACAAUCCUACCGCAGAGGGACUGCAGACCCUGCUUCUGCUGUCGCAAGCUUUCUUUGCCUAUGGACUAGGGAAGAAAGCGUAUAUGACAUUUGCAAACUGUGUAGCAAUGGUGGUCGCUUUGGACCUUUUCCGAGAGGUGCCAUCAAAAUCCAACCUUUCGCUUCCUGAGCGUGAAAUGAGGCGACGGCUGUUUUGGUCAGUUUACCUCAUGGAUCGCUUCAUGACCUGCGGGUCCCGCCGCCCAUGCCUCAUAUCAGAUCAUUCCAUUGUUUUGCGUCUUCCUUCGUGGUCACCGCAUGCAGCAGGUCUCAAUAUGGAAGGAGAAUUGUUCCAUGUUGGACCAAAUAUUCAAUAUUCCGCAGAUUCUCGUCGGAAAUCCCCCAGUGCGGCAUCAUUGCUCAUUGACAUUACGCGAAUUCUGGGUGUCACAAAUCGGUACCUGGCUGCUGGUGGAGUGAAGGGUGACUCUCAUUUCCCCUGGCAUGCGCUUUCCAAUCUCUCCAAAAUUCGACAAGAAUUAGAUAUCUGGGCCGCGGGUACUCAGGAUGUCUUUGCUUCCAUCGCGGCAUUGUUUGGUCACCCUGAGAGUACGACUCUAUUGCUCAGCAAAUUGAUCUAUCAUCUGGUCCAUUGUCUGAUCUACCGUCCGUUUCUACCUAUCGACCUCGUUGAAUUAAGAGGAACUGGCCAGCAUCAGUCAUGGCAAAUCGAAGCGACAAACCUAUGCUUCUCACACUCGAAUGCUAUUGCAGAACUCGUCGAGUUAGGUCGCAAUUCUCCACUUAUCGAGUGGCCUGCCUUUGUAGGUUACUGCGUGUGUACAGCAGGCACUGUCCACGUUCAUGGUGUACAUUACAAAGGCCAUGAAGGCGAGGUCUUCUCAUCUAGUGCCGAGUUUUUGACCCGUGAGAUGCAUCAAUUGACCUGGCUACGAACUGCUUGGGCUGGUGUACAGCAUCAGCGCGAGUUACUUCAAACUAUUUAUACAUCCCACGCGGAGCUGGUUCGCAAUCUUGCAAGCAGUCCCAUGAGGUUCUCUCCGGUCUUUCAUCUCGAGGACUUUUUGGAUAGAUAUCCUGGUCUCACAGUAGAUGGGGCACAUGUCCGACUACUAGAUACAGGCGAUGAAAUACACCCAAGUGCAUCAAACAUGGUUGACCGUCAAGAUCAUUACUACCACCGGCCCAUGGCGCCCCCAUCUUACCAAAGCCAGAACUUCUACUCCAACACAAGGCCCACGCCACCUCCCUUCCAGUCUACCCAGACUCCCGACUUCGAGCGACAUCCAUCCGCCUCGCAUUCAUUACCUGGUAAACCAAACCACCAGUCCGCUCUCUCCCCAACCAUCCAGUUCCACCAAACACCCAACCAAUCUGAUGCGUCCCCAUCUCUCUCAUCCAUCUUCCCCGUCCAAGGCACCACAGACCUACCCUCAACACCAUCCGGUGCUCAAACAGAUACAAACCACCUAUCUCUUCCAAACCCCUUCUCCCCCUCAGCUUUCGGCCUCUCACCCCCCUCCUUCUUAACCGAUUCAUCUCUAAGCAUCGCCCCAACACCGCCAUCAAACCCACAAUACGCUACCUUCCCCUUUGAUACUGUCAACGCAACCAAUGGCGCAGGCGCAUCCGGUACUGGUGCCACCGCCCUGACACCGGGUGCCCAGUCACAAACAAGCGGUUCCCACACGGGAGGUAGUGAAACGGGAAAUCUAGAAAAAGAUCCAUUCCUCAGCUUGCUGGAGCAGUUAGCUGAAAACGAACACUCACAGGGUGGACCUAGUGAAUUGGACUUCUUUUUAGCAGGUGGUGCUGAUCCGGAGCCGGAUAUUGUUGAUGCACCCGGGGAAGAGAAUACGGAGAUGGGACAUGAUUAG